AUGGGCGAAAAUGCCAAUGGCAAGCCCCUAUCCAACGUCAAAGAACAAGAUCACCAAGUGGAAAUGCGAGAUGGCCAUAAAAUCACCGUGAGAACCUACCAGCCGCAAGACGUCCCAGCUGGAGCACUAGGCAUGGUCCUUCACGGAGGUGGAUGGUGCGUCGGCGGACUUGCCAACGAAGAGAAUCUCUGCCGACUUAUGGCCAGCAAGUUGGGCAUGACUGUCGCGAAUGUAGAUUACAGAAUGGGCCCCGAGUGGAAAUUUCCUACUGCACAUUAUGAUUGCUUUGAUGCUACCAAAUGGGCUGCCCAAAAUGCUUCCAAGCUAGGUGCCGAUCCCUCCAAAGGCUUCACGAUCAGUGGCACAUCCGCAGGAGGAAACAUCACAGCCGCAGUAUCUCACCUCUGGCGUGAUGAAAAAGUCUCUCCGCCACUGACCGGUUGUCACUUGAUGAUUCCCGCUCUCUGCGACAUCGUCGCCUAUCCCGAAAACUUGAAAAAAGACCUUUGUUCACGAGAGCAGCUCCCCGAUGCACCCAUUCUGAGCGCCGCUGCCAUGAAGCUUUUCACGGAUAGUUUCAUCCCUGUGCAGGAACGAGGUGAUCCAUUAUUCAGUCCGCUGCUGUGGAAAACAGGACACAAAGGUUUACCUCCGCAAUUCUUCCAAAUCUGUGGCUCGGAUCCUUUGAGAGAUGAGGCACUUGUGUACGAGCGGGGUUUGAGGGAGAAAGAUGGAGUGAAGACUAAAGUGGAAGUCUAUCCUGGUUAUCCUCAUGGGUUUUGGUCGAUUUUCACAAAUUUGAAAGCCAGUCAGAAGUUUGUGGAGGAUUCGAUCCAUGGGUUGAAGUGGUUGUUGGAGCAAAAAUGA